AUGGGCGUGACUAGCGUGACGUCCGCAGGCGGCGCGCGCGGCGGCUCGCUAGAGCGUUUCGCGGAGGUUGCAUUCGAGGCGCUUCGCCCCCCAGCCGUGGCGCCUAUCUCGCUGUCGGCCGGCGUCGGUGGCGUGGGGGGCGUCGGCGGCGUGGGGGGCGUGGCCGGCUUCCCGUCCGCCUCGCUGCUGCCGCUCUCCAAGAGCCCCACGCCGGCCGACGCGGGCGCCAAGGACUCGAAGAACGUGGAGAUCGCCGAGGUCAUCGUCGGCGCCAUACUGGGGCCCGGCGGCCGGAGUCUCGUCGAGAUCCAGCAGAUGUCCGGCGCCAACAUCCAGAUCUCCAAGAAGGGCACCUUCGCGCCCGGCACCCGCAACCGCAUCGUCACCAUCACCGGCACCCAGACCGCGAUCAGCAACGCGCAGUACCUCAUCGAGCAGAAGAUCCAGGAGGAGGAGCUGAAACGGACCCGCCACAACGCAAUCUCGGGCCUCAUGCAG